AUGUCUAAACUACAAGAAAUGUUUAAUUCGGCAGUUGAUCCCUUGCCAGAAAUUCACGAUAAGAGCUUCGCAUCUCAUUUUGAUACUUUUGCUGGGACACAGGUUAUGCUUCUAGGAGAUGGAAGUCAUGGCACAUCUGAGUUCUACUCUGCCCGCGCGGAGAUCACGAAGCGAUUGAUCGAACGACACGAUUACAAAAUGGUAGCUGUUGAAGCAGACUGGCCUGAUACGGAAGCUAUCGAUCGAUAUGUCCGCCUGCGUCCAGGCCCGAAAGCACAAAUUGGCGGAGUCGCAAAAGGAUACGAGCCCUUCAACCGGUUCCCAACCUGGAUGUGGCGAAACUAUGAGAUGCAACGGCUUGUCGAAUGGAUGCGUGAUCGCAAUCAGAGACUACCACCGGAAAAACGAGCGGGAUUCUACGGGCUGGAUCUGUACAGCAUGGGUGCCUCGAUCGGCGCGGUCAUUGAUUACCUGGACCGAGUGGACCCCCAAGCAAGCAAGAAAGCGCGACAACGGUAUGGGUGUCUAGAGCCUUGGAUUGAUGAUCCCACAUCUUACGGGCUAGCAUCCGUGCGCGGGUUGGAAGACUGCGAAGGCGGGGUGAUGAAGAUGUUGACAGAUCUUUUGGAGAAACGACUUGACUACGCACAACGCGGCCUGCGAGAUGGCGAUGAGUACCACAGUGGCGAGCAAAAUGCACAUCUUGUUCGCGAUGCCGAGAAAUAUUACAAAGCUAUGUAUUAUAGCUCGGCAAGUUCGUGGAAUCUGCGCGACAUGCACAUGUUCGAGACCUUGGAGCGCCUCUUGCGGCACAAUGAAGGACAAAAGGCGAUCGUGUGGGCGCACAAUUCUCAUGUUGGUGACGCUCGGUUUACAAGCAUGGGCUUUCGGCGCAAGGAGUCCAACAUUGGGCAGCUGUGCCGUGAGCGACUUGGAUCCGACAACGUGACGAUUCUUGGGUGCGGAACUCAUACCGGAACUGUGGCGGCAGCUCAUGAGUGGGACGAUGAUAUGGAGGUCAUGGAUGUCCGACCUUCCCGUGACGAUAGUUGGGAGAUCGUGGCACACGACACUGGAAUCCCACGGUUUGUCCUAGACCUGCGUCGCAAUCGUAUAGAUCCUGUGCUUCGCUCCGCACUUGCUGCUGAACAACGCCUGCAACGAUUCAUCGGCGUUAUCUACCGCCCAGACACAGAACGAAUCUCUCAUUACUCGCAAGCGUUUAUUCACAAGCAAUUUGACGGCUACAUCUGGUUUGAUGAAUCCCAGGCUGUCAAUCCUCUGGAGGUCAUCCAACCCGACACGCCGCUUGGUAAGGGUGAAACCUAUCCGUUUGGUCUGUAA